GGCACCUGAAUUCUGUUAUCUUCUCAGAAGAUUCGUAGUGAAAGGCUCUCAGAGGGGGUUGGGGGGGGGCUGGCCAAACCCUGGAAACAGAAGAAAGAAGAGCAGCCUUGACCAGUCUAACUGCUAACAUGUUGUACCUGGAAAACAAUGCCCAGACUCAAUUUAGUGAGCCACAGUACACGAACCUGGGGCUCCUGAACAGCAUGGACCAGCAGAUUCAGAACGGCUCCUCGUCCACCAGCCCCUACAACACAGACCAUGCGCAGAACAGCGUGACGGCGCCCUCGCCCUAUGCGCAGCCCAGCUCCACCUUUGAUGCCCUCUCUCCGUCCCCUGCCAUCCCUUCCAACACAGACUACCCAGGCCCACACAGCUUCGAUGUGUCCUUCCAGCAAUCAAGCACGGCCAAGUCUGCCACCUGGACGUAUUCCACAGAACUGAAGAAGCUGUACUGCCAAAUCGCGAAGACGUGCCCCAUCCAGAUCAAGGUGAUGACCCCGCCCCCACAGGGUGCUGUCAUUCGUGCCAUGCCUGUCUACAAGAAAGCCGAGCACGUCACUGAGGUCGUGAAACGGUGCCCUAACCACGAGCUGAGCCGCGAGUUCAAUGAGGGACAGAUUGCCCCUCCUAGUCAUUUGAUUCGAGUAGAAGGAAACAGCCACGCCCAGUACGUAGAAGAUCCUAUCACAGGAAGGCAGAGUGUGCUGGUCCCUUAUGAGCCACCCCAGGUUGGCACUGAAUUCACAACAGUCCUGUACAAUUUCAUGUGCAACAGCAGCUGUGUCGGAGGAAUGAACCGCCGUCCAAUUUUAAUCAUUGUUACCUUGGAAACCAGAGAUGGGCAAGUCCUGGGCCGACGGUGCUUUGAGGCCCGGAUCUGUGCUUGCCCCGGAAGAGACAGGAAGGCCGACGAAGACAGCAUCAGAAAGCAGCAGGUGUCGGACAGCGCAAAGAACGGUGAUGGUACGAAGCGCCCUUUUCGUCAGAAUACGCAUGGCAUCCAGAUGACUUCUAUCAAGAAACGAAGAUCCCCAGAUGAUGAACUGCUAUACUUACCAGUGAGAGGUCGUGAGACUUACGAAAUGUUGCUGAAGAUCAAGGAGUCCCUGGAGCUCAUGCAGUACCUUCCUCAGCACACAAUCGAAACUUACAGGCAGCAGCAGCAGCAGCAGCACCAGCACUUACUUCAGAAACAGACCUCGAUGCAGUCUCAGUCUUCAUAUGGUAACAGCUCCCCACCUCUGAACAAAAUGAACAGCAUGAACAAGCUGCCUUCCGUGAGCCAGCUUAUCAACCCACAGCAGCGCAACGCCCUCACCCCUACCACCAUGCCGGAGGGCAUGGGAGCCAACAUUCCUAUGAUGGGCACUCACAUGCCGAUGGCUGGAGACAUGAAUGGACUCAGCCCCACCCAAGCCCUCCCUCCCCCGCUCUCCAUGCCCUCCACCUCCCACUGCACCCCCCCACCUCCGUACCCCACAGAUUGCAGCAUUGUCAGUUUCUUAGCAAGGUUGGGCUGUUCAUCAUGUCUGGACUAUUUCACGACCCAGGGGCUGACCACCAUCUAUCAGAUUGAGCAUUACUCCAUGGAUGAUUUGGCAAGUCUGAAGAUCCCUGAGCAGUUCCGACAUGCCAUCUGGAAGGGCAUCCUGGACCACAGGCAGCUGCACGACUUCUCCUCACCCCCGCAUCUCCUGAGGACCCCAAGCGGCGCCUCUACAGUCAGUGUGGGAUCCAGUGAGACCCGUGGUGAACGCGUGAUUGAUGCUGUGCGCUUUACUCUCCGCCAGACCAUCUCUUUCCCACCCCGUGAUGAAUGGAAUGACUUCAACUUUGACAUGGAUUCCCGUCGCAACAAACAGCAGCGGAUCAAAGAGGAAGGGGAAUGAGCGGCCAUUGCUGGGCUCUUUGCGUCUUCUUCCACCUCCCAGCCCCAACAGGGCACAUCUGCUUGAUCUUCAAAGCAUUCUUGCUAGCUCUUCUGAUUUUCCUUCUCAGUCUGGUUUCUAAAGGGACGGAGAAGUAAGAGGCGGCCUGUCGCCUAAAGUCUGACCUGUUACUUGAUUCUGAUUCUGGCUUUAAGCCUUCCAAACUCUUGCUUGUAGGAUGCGUUGUCAUUGCUAGAUAGAAGUUAGCAAAGAAGCAGCGGGUCUCUUUAAGCAGUGGAGAACUCUCAUUGACUUUUAUAAAGCAUUUUCAGCCUUAUAGUCUAAGACUAUAUAUAUAUAAAUAUAAAUAUAUAAAUAUACAAUAUAUAUUUUGGGUGGGGGCAUUGAGUAUUGUUUAAAUGUAAUUUAAUGGAAAUUGAGUUGCACUUAUCAACUUCUUUGAAAUUUGUUUGUUUUGGAUGACUGAUCUGUACCCCCUUACUCAGGGGUAUCAUGUAUGGUGACAGAUAUCUAGAGUUGAGUGGUCUAUGUGAGUAACAGUGAUGUACAGGUCCUCUUGGUUCUUUGGAUGUUUAGCGUUUAGCAUUUAGCACAUCAAACCUAUGGAUACAUCCAGCGUGUUUACCAUUGCUCACUAUGAGGUAAAGCUGUAUAUAUGUACACAGUUUUCUCUGUCAGUAUAUUUUAUGUUACUGGUGUCCAUCCCAGUUAGGCUGAUUCACUCUGUGGCUAUUACAAGCAAAAUUUCAUGUUCACUUUGUCACAUGUUAUAGGAAAGGACAAUCUCUCCUGCUUUUGUUUGAGAAUGAGGAAUGCAGUUUAUUCUGGAAAUUCUUAAAUGGCCCAAGUCAGCCAUUCCAAAUAUCUGAUGGGAUAUAGCCAAAUAUAGCAAUGGCCCCUUGAAAUUUAAGGCCCAACACUCUAGUAUUUAUUAGGAAAAUAUUUGCUGCCAUUAGAGUAGCCUUAAAAGUAAAUUUCCCUACUAGGCUGAUCAAGUAAAAUACACAUUCACUGCUUUUGUAAGAAUUUAGGCCAAUUAGUCAGGAUGAGUGGAAAUUAAAUAGUUUUUAUGGGAAGUUGUAGUACCUAUUAGGAAUAUUCAGGAUAAACAAGCAUGACUCAAAAAUACUGAAUCUCCACUAAAAAAGAAAGAUGUCCCAUCAAACUAUGAAUUUACAUUCCUUUUGAAGCAUGGAGUGAUGCUUGGGAAAUACACCUUUUAAGGACUUUCCUAUCCAUAAGACACUGCAUGCAGAGACUAGUUUACCUCUCUUCAAGGCCUAAAAUAAGAGUAGUGGGUUGGAAAAUCCAAACUUAGGCAUGCAGUUUUCAUGUGCCAUGAGCUGGGCUACUGUUAUUUUCUUCUGAACUACCAAAGCUCCAUUGCUUUGGAAAGCAGGCUUGAAGAUCCAGUUUUCCACCCAGCUCCUUCCAGGCUAUGCGUAGACACAGAAAUGUCCACAAAUCAAGGAAAACGCUUUUCACUAAAACUGUUUAAGGCACACCAACACAGACUUGUUUUCCACUUUGUGAAAGUACGCAGCAGUUAGUGUUCCUCCUAGAUGCUUUGGAAACAUUUUGAGACAAAUCUCUUUCUUCCGGAUCUAAAACUUGUGUUAUGUAUAUGCUAAUGAGCUCUACAACCCUCCCAUCUAUUUUGGUAAAGGGCUGCCAUUCAUUGUGCAUGAGAACUCAUUUUUAUUUUAAAGUGCAAAUGGGCAAAUACGCCUCUGAAAUGUAAUGUAUGGAUUUCACCAGAAAAUCUUAUAUUGUGUAUGUGCGUGUGUGAAAUUGCAUACUAUGCUGUUUUUGCUUGUUUUGGUUUUCUCUUUGGGAUAGUUGGGUUUUCCAGAACCACAGCUGAAACUUUUUUGUUGUUACUGUUUUUCUAUUUUUUUUUUUUUUUUUUUUUUGCAA